AUGGCUGCGCACCUGGACGCCACCUACCUGCAGUCGCUCUACUGGGACUUCAAUGGCACCUUCCACCUGUCCAAGUUCGACGAUUUCGACCACACCGCCUUCGACGACGAGGACUUUUCUUGUCCUAAUUUCAAAGACGUGCUGUGGAUCCGGCGGCGGGACUGGCACAUCCUCACGUCGGGCACCACGACGUACACGACGGACGAGCGCUACGAGGUGGUGCACCCGGACGGCGUCAACGACGAGUGGCAGCUCGUCAUCCGCUACGUGCAGAAGCGGGACAACGGCACCUACGAGUGCCAGGUUGCCACGGGGGCGGGCAAGAUCUCGCACUACUUCAACCUUCACGUCAUGGUCCCCGCCGCCUUCAUCCUGGGCAGCGGCGAGUACCACAUCGGCGAGGGGUCGACCAUCAGCCUCGUCUGCAUCAUCGAAAACAGCCCGACGCCCCCGCAGUACGUCAUGUGGUACCACAACGGGCGCAUGAUUAACUACGACACGGUGCGCGGCGGGGUGACCGUGUCCACCGAGCCCGGCCCCAAGACGCACUCGCGGCUCGUGGUGGCCACCGCCACGCACGGCGACUCGGGCAACUACACGUGCCGGGCGUCCAACACGGAGGAGGACACCGUCUACGUGUCCGUCAGCAACGAAGGCGACAACACGGCCGCCAUCCAGGGCCAGGGGACGUCGUUCACGUCCAGGGUCGCCGGGCUACCCUUCCCCUUCAGCGUCCUUAUGGCCGCCUUGAGCGCGUCGCGGUCGUUAUAGCCUCCCCAGGUGCGAGCUGGAGCUGGUCGGCUGCCGUCGCCUGUGUGUUCCCGAGGUUUGGGCUGGUGACUCGGCGCUCUCUGCCUUCACAACUCGUUUGGAGCCCGGAGUGCCUCGAAAAACUGUGCCGCCGAGGCCGGGACGCGGCUGAAGUCCGAGUCCUGCGACCGCGGCCUGCGUCCUAGACCCGCGUCCCAGGCCCGAGGCCGAGGCCCACCAGUACCAGUGCUGGCCUCCGCCCCGCCCCGCACCGCCCCGCCCCGCCACGCGCGGCCAGAACUCAGUGAUUGUGCCGUGCGCCUAGAAGACACGGACGAGCAGGACUCCCAGUGUGACAGCUUGUUGUGUCUCUUCUACGUGUGUUGUAUUGUGUGUGUAUUGUGUGCGUACAAGUGCGCGCAUGUGUUUUCCCUCUGCACGGCCGGAGAGGCUCUGGAGACGUAUCAUUUGAAGCGGUGUUACUGGGCAUGCGAACUGUAAUGUGACGAGGAAAGUACUAGUAUUUUUACACUUCUGUUAAGCGCCUUCUGCUGGCGGUCUUUACUUUUCUUUUUGUCUCCCCAGAACAAAUUACUGACUGUAUUUGGAAAACAUCUUUGCUAGCAAAUCUCUAAGUUUCAGGCACCCAUUGUAUGUCAAUAGCAAAACUGUUUAACGCAAACAAAGCUCUACGACGAUGUCGUUCUUGUUUUCCUGGUAAAUUUUGACAGUGAUUUCUGAUACAUAUUGUACAACUUUAUAAAUCCGUCCACUGUCAAAAUAAAGGUUUCCGUCCAAUACCUUCACUUCACAAUUCAAAAACCCAAAUUUACCAGAAUCCAAUCAUAAGGUAAACUAUAUUUUACGGUGACAAAAUAGUCAGUUGUAGACAAAGAUGAGUGAUACACGAGUUUGUACACCUACCAGUAACUUUGUGGCAAGACAUUUUAUGACGCAUUACCUUGCAACAGUAAAGUUGAAAUACGGGGCCUAAAAUUUAAAUGAUAGCUAUGGAAUAUCUUUUUACAAUCAAUGUAUCUUAACAUUCAGAUUUACUUUCAAAUUCUGUCACAAAAUUAUAACCAAAUCUGUUACAUUAAUAUUUUUCGUUGUGGGGUUGACUUAAUAAAAAUGUACUACUCCGGA